GGAGCUUCUCCGCCCGCUCGUCCGCCAUUUUCCCCGGAGUGAGGGGAGGCCGUGAAGAAGGCGCUUCCUCUGGAGAAGGAGAGUCCGAGAGGGAGAGGGAGCAUAAGGAUUCCAUGGUGAUAUCUCUGGUGAAAUGACAAACAAAACAGCAUCUGGUGAUCAUUGUGGAAUUUGGAAACCAAAGAAGCUGUAAGGAAAAGGGUCCUGUAUGAAAAAGACAUCCUCUCCAGGUGCUGAUCUUGCUGAACGGACUUUGGGAAAAAAGAAAGGGGAAAAAAAAAAGACAGAAAUUGUCCAUAUUGCAGUUAAAAAUGCAUACCACUGUCAACAUGCAGGAGAAACCCUAUACAUGCCUGGAGUGUGAUAAGUGUUUCACUUCGAGACAUCAUCUGCAGCAACAUGGAAGGAUUCACACUGGGGAGAAACCCUAUACAUGUCUGGAAUGUGGAAAGAACUUCAGCCAGAGUGGAAGUCUGCAUUCACAUCAACGAACACACACUGGGGAGAAACCCUAUAUAUGCCAGGAGUGUGGACAGAGCUUCACUCAGAAUUCACACCUACGUAGACACCAACGAACUCACACUGGGGAGAAACCCUAUAAAUGCCUGGAGUGUGGAAAGAGUUUCACUUUGAGACAUUAUCUGCAGCAACAUAGAAGGAUUCACACUGGGGAGAAACCUUAUACAUGCCUGGAAUGUGGAAAGAGCUUUAAACACAGUCAAAGUCUGUAUUCACAUCAAAGGACUCACACUGGGGAGCAACCCUAUAAAUGCCUGGAUUGUGGAAGGAGCUUCGCUUCGCAUGGGAGUCUACGGUCUCACCACCGAACUCACAUUGGAGAGAAACCCUAUAAAUGUCUGGAAUGUGGAAAGAACUUCACCCAAAGUGGACGUCUACAUUCACAUCAAAGGACUCACACUGGAGAGAAACCCUAUGAAUGCCUGGGGUGUGGAAAGAGUUUCUCUUUGAGACAUAAUCUGCAACAACAUGAAAGGAUCCACACUGGGGAGAAACCCUAUACAUGUCUGGAAUGUGGAAAGAACUUCAGCCAGAGUGGAAGUCUGCAUUCACAUCAAAGAACACACACUGGGGAGAAACCCUAUAAAUGCCUGGAGUGUGGACUGAGCUUCACUCAGAAUUCACACCUACAUAGACACCAACGAACUCACACUGGGGAGAAACCCUAUGAAUGCCUGGAGUGUGGAAAGAGUUUCACACGGAGGGAUCAUCUGCAGCAACAUGAAAGGAUUCACACUGGUGAGAAACCCUAUGAAUGCCUGGAGUAUGGAAAGAACUUCACUGAUAGUGGAAGUCUACAUGAACACCAACAAAUUCACACUGGGGAGAAACCCACGGGGAUUGUGGCGCACCUGGUUGAGUGUCAACUGCAUUAAGAUCACUCUGACCAAAAGGUCAUGAGUUCGAAGCCAG